AUACCAAUCAAAAUAGACGCUAUUCAAAUCCAUUUUCGUCCUUGGCAUUAUUAUUAAAUUCAAAUUCAUACAGAAUUGUUUAUUUUAGCAUCAGACAUUGAUUGAUUGAUAUAUGGUUUUUCAGAUUGGAAUAAUUUUUGCUAGGAGUAGUGCACUAUCAAUAUUAUAUUACCAAUGGAAUUUCCUAAAACAACAAAGUUUUCAAAAGGGAAAAUUUGGUGAAAUGAAAUCAGCUAGAAAAACAUUUUAAAUAAUUUCUGUCAAACUGUAUUUGAAUCAUUUGUAUUAACAUAUCUCUUAUGAUCUACAGAAUAUACAAAAUUAAAUGUUACCAAAUUAUCAUUUUUUAUUCCUUUAGGUAAAUUUCAUGCUAAAUUUGAGUCAGUAAUAGCUAACUUUUCAUGCCUGGCCGACUUGCUGUUCUGCUCGUAACAGUUUCGAUUCUGUCAUGGAAUUUCAAUUGUCUUAAAGAAUCGUGAGCUGUAACACGGAAGUAUUAUUAUAAUAAGCACGAAACAAGAUAUUUAACUUUAGGUCUACAAAUGAAAUGUAUAAUUAAAAAUGUCACUAAUUAGCCAACCAGACCCCUCAGAUUUGGGAGAGGAAUCCCAUCUUGGGGGAGCAGUGGAUGACGAUGUACUCAAUGAGGAUUAUUUUGCCACAAAUAAUUUGGACACUUUAAGUGAUAUAAAUAAGCAGAUUUCCAAUGACACUGUUAGUAUGACGGGAGAAAGCAGAGAUGGAUUUGAAACGAUUAAGCCAGAGAAACGAUUGCCUGAAACUUGCGAUCCUCAGGUUUAUGUUGAUGAGGAAACAAGAAUGUUUUGCAAUCAGAGUCCGGAUGUUAUUAACAGUCCCAGGGAUAUUGUAAGCCCUGCAGAUCGUGGAGAAUUAAGCAGCCCGUUUAGCGCUAAGGAAUCUGAUGAUAUGGAGACAGGUUUUGAUGAUGCUAGUUUAUCUGCCCCAGGAGAUGCCGUACGAAGACCAACAGGUUUUUUUGGUGCUUCAACUCCUCUGGAGUAUACCACUACUCCUGGUGCGUCUUCAAGUGCUUGUGAUGACAAUUAUGAAUCGAGUGGGAGCAGAAAGAAACGUAGAAAAACGCGGAGAGACAUGUAUGCAUCUAUUCCUAGUUAUGGCAACACAAGACUGAAUGGCCCACUAAGAUUUCCCAAACCAGCGAAUUCAACUCAAGCGGGAGAAAUGUGGUACCAUGACCCGGACACAUCUCCUUUCAGUCCACCAACUUGUCCAAAAAACAUGAACUUUAACUUUGGAGAAAGUAGUAGCCGUAGGAGCUCCAGUGGAACCCCUGCUAUGCCAGCAUUUAAAGCUGAGUAUGAUGUAGAAAAUGCUAAACGAUCUAAAACAUGCGGAAACGAGAUUGAAAUUCUGGACAGUAAUAAUAUUAAAACUGAAGCUAUGUCAAAUAAUAAUGAUACACCUGUUACAAGCAACACAAACGGCACGAGACGGAGGAAUACGCAUCACAGGGCAACUGGUAUAACAACUGAAAGUGAGCCUAUCCUAUCAAGACAAUAUCCUCGCAAAGCUGAACAUUUGGAGUUGAAAAUUUUGGUGCAACCAGAAUCACAGCACAGGGCGAGGUAUCUUACAGAGGGCAGUAGAGGUCCUGUCAAAGACACCAGCCAACAAGGGUACCCGAAAGUGCAGCUUAUUGGGUAUCGUGGAUCUGUCAUGCCGAUUUUGCAGGUUUUUGUUGCAAAUGAUUCAGGAAAAGUGAAGCCUCAUGGAUUCUACCAGGCAUGCCGUGUUACUGGUCGGAAUACGAGUUCUUGUGAAGAGAUGGAAAUUGACGGCACUCAUGUGAUCGAAAUCCCUUUCAAACAAGAUGAUGAUAUGACAUUAAAUGUUGAUUGUGUUGGGAUAUUAAAACUCCGAAAUACAGAUGUCGAAGUACGUACUGGCUUACGUAAUCAAAAACGAAACCAAAGUGUUAGACUUGCGUUUCGUGUGUCUGUAAAAAAUGUAAUAACGAACUCCACAAAAAGUAUGGUGACACUGCAAUGCACUUCAAAGUGUAUUAGUUGCACGCAACCACUUGGUCAGCCAGAGAUCACAAAGAAAAGUAUAGAUCGAUGCUCAGUUGAGGGGGGCACAGAAAUGUUCAUCAUUGGUAAAAACUUCCAUCGAGGAACCAGGGUGAUCUAUCAAGACCCGGAAGAGCCAAAUGGAACUCAGUGGUCUGCGGAGGGAGAGGUUGAUAAGGACACUUUCCAUCAAUCUCAUAUGGUAGUCAGAGUUCCCGCUUACCAUGACCUAAACAUAGUUAAACCAGUUAAUGUACAACUGUUGGUAGAAUUUCAAGACAAAAAGUGUGAGCCACAUAUCUUCACCUAUACACCACGAAAAGAACCAGAGCUUCCGAAAGAAGAGCAAAAGAAACAAACUGCAGAUAACUCAAAUCCAGCUCUUAAUAUGAGUUUAUUGGAUGGGCCGAUUGAUCGUAAAUUCCUUGCUGCGUUGUUUUCAAAGUUACUUGCUGGUGGAAUAACAUCUCAAAGUGAUUUGCCAAGUGCAGAUACACAUGAAAUCCCCAAACCAGAGGUGCAAAUACCUCAGGGCAAUCCACCCCUGUUGACCGCGACAUCAUUAUUACAAAACCAGUUAUCCAACCAUAUUUUACCCAACGCAGCUUUACAAUCUAACACCAUAGAGGCUAAACCUACUAUGUUCAAUCUUCCCGCCGGCAUUUCUCCGAUGCAAAAUGAAAGUAUUUUGCAGCAAGACGCGGCAUCAAACCCUACCCCUUCCCAAAUUAUUAACCCCAAUGCUCUAAUUAAUGUAUUAGGUUCUAUUUCUAAUGCUAACACUAACCCUGUGCAGAUUAAUACAAAUGUGACCAUUUCGGACCCAAAUUUGAAAGUAAAACAUGAACAAUAUGACAGUGCACCAAUCCCUGUGGCCGCCAUCACACCGCAAGUCAUCCCACAAGUUGCCCAAGCAGUACCCCCACCUGUGCUGCUUGCGAAUAUUUUACCAUCUACAGUACAAGUGUCACAACCGGUCACUUUUAUAUCACAGAUUCCAACGACUUCUCCCCUGGCUAUGGUGACAAGCCCCGUUUCAAAACCGAGCAUUGCUCAACCACUUUCGACUCCUGGUGUGGUUAUGUUCCACUCAUUUACCAAUGCAGACAGUGUAAUGCAAGUAAACAUUGAACCAGCUUAUACAAAACCAACUGGCUCUCUAGUCGGUGGAAACAUAGUGGCUGCAAGGAUCGAUGCCCAGAACGAACCACAACCAGCGAUACAGCAGACCCACCAAAACUUAUUCUCUGUGCGAGUUCCACAAAAUGCAACUUUUGGGUCUGAUGCUACAAAGCAGAAUGUUUUUGGAAAUAUAUCAACUGAGAUAUUACAACAAAACUCGUUUAAAAAUCCAGCGCAGUCUGCAGCCCCACAGCUGGUAGCUUCUACUGGUAUAGGCUUACAAAAUGUCACAUUCGGAACUGCUGGUACUGGAUUGCAACCUGCUAGUCAACUGGGAUCUUUCUCUUAUCCAACAACAUUUAAUAAUGUGAAAGAAUCUCAGAAUGUAAUUCACAACCAACAAAAUGUAGACGGUAAUGUUAACAUGCAGACAUCACAAGACACAAAUCAGCCAACUUUUGGAGACGUUGGACAAGGAAUGCAGCAAAUAGCGCAGCAAACAAUACCCACAUUCACCAAUGUUGCGCAGCAGAAGUUUUCUGCUGGUUUACAGCCACAGACUCAAAUACACCAAAACGUAGCUUUCACAAACAAAACAGCUCAGCAGUCUUUGUACGAUGAAACAACACAGCAGUUUUCUAUCAAUGAGCAGCAGAUUCAGUCACACUUCACUGACAAUCCUCUACAUUUUACUGCUGGCACUCAAGAACAGACCAAUUUCAAUGCAUCUACUCAACAGUUUUCAACUGGAAAUCAGCAACAAACGAGUUACGAGGCUCCAAAACACCAGUUUACAGUCGGUGGAAACCAGCAGAUAUUCAAUCAACAGCCACAGCCGGUAUUUAGUGAUCCAAAACUCCAAUUUACUGUUGUGACACAGCACUCUACCAUUUCUCAGAAUUGCUUCAAUACUAAACCACAGUUUUCAGUUGCAAAUCAACAACCAGAAAUGCAAACUUCUACUGCUUUUAGUGCUGUCACUCAGCAGCUAUUUCAAAGCAAUACUCAACAGAAUACAAUGUUACAAAAUCAACCCAGCUUCAGUGUUGCCAGUUAUCAACAACAGCAGAAACCGCAAACUGAUUUUACGAUUGAAAAGAAACAAUUUUCGCUUGACCAUAACCAACAUUCGCAACACGGAAUUAACCAAAGUAAACAGCAGCAAGCAUUGAUUACCGAUCAGACCAUGAACUUACAGCAACAGCAGCCAGUCAUGCAGCAGCAACCCCAGAUGACAGACAUCAUGCAUGGUAUUCAGAACCAGAAUUCCCAGACUCAAAGCAAUCAGUCUCAACAUAUAUCAUCAGAUACCAAAAUGCACGUUGAUAUGUAUGUCUCUGAUGUUCCGAAGGAUGUAACCAUGCAACUUGCCCCAGCGGCUUUGCAACAAACUGACACAUUCAAUGCUCAAGUCACUUCACAAAUGUCUGGAGUUGCAAACGUAAUGGAAAACCAUCCAAUGGAGGAUGUUGGUUCCACCCAGCUUAGCCAAAUAGCAACUGGUCAAACGCAGCAGGCAUCUACUGCACAACCUGUUUUUCAUACAGAUCAAGCAUCCGGUUUAUUAAAUACUGAAAUACCGGUACAAAACCAAACGUUUCAAAGCCCACAACAGUCUACCACCAACAUACAAAUGACCAAUGCUCAAUUUACUUUACAACCACAAGAAGUUAAAAUGAUUUCAACUUCAAUAGCUUUGGGAAAUUUCUCUAACACGAAUACGGAGUCUAUUCAACCAGCUAUGGUUACAAUGUCAAUGCCGUCUCAGGUAUUCCAUCCUCAACCAGUUGUUGAGACAAUGGCGACCCAGACAAUGGCAACAGCAAACACAAUGCAGACACAAAAUUAUACCCAACAGAUCACUACACAACCUUCUCAAGACAUGAUGACAAACCAGGUAGGUCAGCACCAGACACAGCAGCAAGUUUACCAACCACCGUCCCAGGUCCAGUCUCCGCAUCAACAGACGCCAACUCUUUCACCGUUACAAAUUCAACAAAGUGAUUAUACAUAUUCCCCCACUAAUCCAUCAACAAUACAGACGUGUAAUAACAAUGAUAGCGGUACGAUGUUGCAACCGCAACCCACGAAUUCGAGUCGAGGCUUGGAGCACGGACCAAAUUUAUUUGCAAUGGACCAAUUGCUUCAGUCUAUAGAUGCUGAAAAAUUGGCUUCGAUAACAGGAGAGGACGUUCAACGCCAAUUCCAAUAGGUUUGGUUUCCUGUUGUCCAUUGGUUCCUUCCCUAAGAAUCCAAAUUCUGCUCAUUUGAAAAUUUCAUAGUUUACUCAUACAGGCUUAUAAAUUCAAUGGUAUCAUAAAAGUUUCUGUACUCAUUUGAUUCAACAAUUACUAAUAAAAUCUUGUGAAAUUAACACUUGUGGAAUUAAAGUACUGAUACAACUUAUUAAUGCAAAUAACGGAUUUUUGAAAAUAGGAUCAUAUUAUUAUGGGGUGACCCGAAAAGCAGAACCCAAGUAAUUUGAAACAUUCUAUAGAGAACGAAACGUAUGAGCAAAGAGUCUUAUAUUACUGGAACUUGUGAGUUUAAUUAUGCACGAACAGAAGUUUGAGUGUUAAAUAAAUUAGCUUUAUUUCCAUAGAAUACGAAUUUCAUGGAUGCUGUUUUUUUGGGAUCACCCUGUAUAUGCGCAAAAUGGUAGAAUUUAAUAUAUAUUCGAUUUAACUUUCAAAUACUUUAUUUCCAACUUUGAUAAAGAGCAUUUUAUGCAAAAGUUUGACUUUGUUCAUUUUUGAGGGAAGACCUUUGGUCAACAGGACCAAUUUACACUUUGAGUUUGAUAAUUAUAUUGCAUUAUUAUUAGCGAGCUUGCUAUUUUUUAUUAGUAUUUUGCAUUAUAUUGUUUAUUGUUCCAUUAUCGAGCUCUUGCCAUGUGAUAGUGUUUCGUUUGAGCAAGCAGCUUCACUUUUACUGCUUAGAAAUAUAUUGUCAGACCAUUCUGAGGGAAAUCUGGGUUGCAGCUGAAGAAUUGAUUUUACCUAUCUAUAUUUUAGUAAAUUUAAUUUCAAGUUCGGUUGCUCUUCCUACAACAAAAUCCUGGUUCAUUGAUUUUAGUAAUUAUAUCUGGAAACAUUGAUUUUAAGAAAUUAAAUAUAAUUAAUUGAAAUAGAAUGAAAAGAAGAAUUCUAGAACACCACAGAAUGUAAUAUUUUUGUCUGGGUAGCCGGUCCGAUAGCUCCUCUAUCAAGGUUAUGCAUCUGAAACAAAUAACUGGCUAACUUAACCCCAUACCCAACAUGGACUGGUAACUGGACGAGAGUCCUUGGUUCGUCAUUAUGAUCAAGUCUUCUUAUUACCUUUUCUCUCCCCUGGGAUAAAUAUGUAAAUCCAAUCCAAAAUCUAAUUUUACUUUGGGUAAAUCGAUAUGCCAUAGGAUAAGAUUGAGACCAAGUUUCAGUUGAUUCAAUUGAACAUUUUCAACUCCUGUAUUCAUUGGGCAUGUAUAUAUUAACACUUCUCAAGUAAUUUAAUACUCAUGGCUUAUCAUUUAUUUAUCGAUAACAAUUAGUUUAAGAUCGUUGUUUUGUAUUAGGACUAGUUAGUUUAGUCACUGCUUAUUUAGGUGACUGUUGAAUACUAAAACACUGACUCAUGUUGGAAUAUAAAAACAUAAAUAAGAGGGCGCUAUUCUGGAAAAUUUUACAUUCAAUUCCUGUGUACAUCAGCUUGUCUAGUGCCGUGUUCAUAGUUUAAAUGAGAAUCCAGAAAGAUGUGAAUAACUUAGAUUGUUCUUGACAAUAUAUUUCUUCGCAGUUAUUGUUGCUUCCAAAAUUUUGAUGCUCCAUUUGUCAAAACCUUUUUGUAGCUUUUUUCUCUUUUUUGCCAAAUUUACUGCCCCGAUAAUUUUUGUAGUUGUUGCGUUUCAGUAACAACUUCAAACAAUAUUAAAAUGGGUUAUCAGAAUCUCAUCCUUUUUAAAUGAGGGAUAUUUCAAGUUUGACGGUGAGUGGUAAAAUGUUCCAGAAAAAAUUAUGAUAUGACAAGAUUAGAAGUUUCAAAUAAUUGGUCGUUAAAAAUUAUUAAGAACCGCAAAGUUUGGUUAUAAAUCUUCUGCUUUAGAAUUUUAUGUUUUAUUUCAUCUUUUGCAAAAUAUUUUUUCUACUUGAUUUUAAUAUUCUAUUUCUCGCUUGAGUUAUUAAUGUGCCCCCGUGUCCACAUUUUAUUUUACUAUCAGGGCUGGACAACUCGUUGGUGCUAGUGCUAAUUGAGAAGUCCUUUAUACUUGUUUGUUGAAGUUGAUCAUUAUUUGACUCCUGUUGAACCAUAUCUAUGCUGGGGAUGUCCAAAGGCUUUAGUUUGAUUAUAUAUGAAAUAACGCCUAAAUAUAAUAUUCAGAUCAAAACCAUUCAUUCCAAUCAAAUAACUGGCUAAUUAAUCUCAUGCCAUACAUAGACUGGGAACCAGGUGGGAGAUCAUGGUUUGGCGUCUUAACGACUUUCCACUGUGAGAGAUAAAUAUAAAAACUAAGAUAGUUCUACUUCUAAUUAUUGUGUAACUUCUCACAUUUUGGCAGUGAAACUGUGGUAUAUUUUAUGAUUUAUAGGGUAAAAUUUGGCAUUCUAGAAUAUCAAACUAUUUUGGAAAUGGACAUCUCUAGUAUAAAUAUUUCUAGAACUCGAAAACUGAAAAGGAUUCCUAACACUCAUUACAGUAUUAAAUUAUAUCUUUCAGGUAGUAAUUGAAUUUCUCUUGUUUUCAAUAAAUUAUGUUAAAUACUGAAUUCAAUUCAUAAUAUUGGACCUAAAUCAUGAUUUGAUUUCCCUGUUGGCCAAAUGCUGAUUUACCAAUAUUUUUAACUUAUUAUAGACUGCAUCCAUUUGAAUAAGCGAACUGAUAAAUUAUGCUGGCUGGUUUUACUCAAUCUGGUAAUAUUUUUCAAAUAUUCUUGUCAUAGAAUGGUCCCUUAUCAUAGAAUUUGGAAAUUCAAUUAAUUUUAAAACAAUGAAAACUUACCAUAUUUUCAUUCAACCUGAUUACGGUAAUUGAGUUCAUUUCAAUAAAGAAUUUAUAGAAUAGCAAAUUACUAAAGUCAAAAUGCGGGGUAAAAUGUCGGGUUGUUUUGCGCGCACAUCAUGAUUAGGAUUGUCAUACUAUAAAAACCUAACUGGAAAUAAAAUUUCUUAAAUUUCCAUAAAAGAAUCAGUUAUUGGAACCAAUUAUCAUAUUAGAAAUGAAUUCAAACGCUAGAGAUACGGAAUUUUUUUCAUCUCUGAAAUUUUAUUUGCGGAGUAGCUUUAAGUUUUUAGCCAAAACUACUUUUCAACACUCCCUACAUGGUUGGAUAUAUCUUAUUUCUCUACAUACCAUGUUUGUCAUAAAGCCCAAAAUAAGUUUAUUUUAUCAGAAUAAUAUGUUAAUUAACAAUAUCACUGAGCAAUUUUUGUUGUAUUUACUUAUCAUUCAUAGCAUGAAAAACUGUUGACUUUACUUGAUCCAUUUUUUCUUCCAAUUUUGUUGAAAUAUGCACAUACAAUACAUAGCGUCAUUUAUUUGGAAAGUUGGGUUUACAUAUAUUUUCUCAGAAAUUUGUUGUUGGUAGGGCUGGACACUUCUAUUUAAAUUCUAGAAUUGCAGUAUUCUUGUUUUGUGGUCAGCAGCCCAUUAUCAAUUUUUUCCGUACUCCCGUUAUAUGUGUACCAGGUUAGGGCACAAUUUUAUUCCGAUUUUCCGAUAUUAUUGCUUGGAAGCAUAAAUAAAAAAAUUGUGAUUUAAAGCAGGGGUGUGCAACCUUUAAUCCAAAAGGGCCAGAUACAAAUAACUGGAUGAAACCAUGGGCCGCACCUUAAUUUAACAUAGACUUCCUAGUCGUUGCGGAAAAUAUAUUUUAAUUAAUGAUCUUAUGGCAUGUGUUGUUCGCUUCUCACAGGCUAGUUGUAAGUGCAUGGUCGCGUCAUAGGUAUAAAUAAUAAAAUUGCACUCAGAAUUGAAAUUACACAAUUACUAUUGAACCAAAUUAAAACUAGGUUUCGCGGGAGCGCACCAUUCAAAAUUGGCCCUUCUACACGGGCCGCAAAAUUUUUCUCGUGGGCCACAUUUGGCCCGCAGGUUGCAGGUUGCACACCCCUGGCUUAAAGGCAAUGACAUGGCAGCAUAAUGUUUACUGAAAACACUUACUUUAAGAACAUUGACUCUUUCCAAAAAACAAUUCAGUUCACACUAUUUUCAGAGCAAGUUUCAUGUAUUGGAACCUAUACAGUAGUAGUAGUAAUUAUAUCGGUUUUAGCUAUUAGACAAGUUUAGGUUGUGCAAGAAAUUCUUCGGCGUGAACUUCUUUUUUUGCCGUGAAUUCGAAUUUGGAUGCUUGCUGUGAUCCUUAUCUGAUGUAUUAUAAUUUAUACCUAUCCUAAUGCAGAACAUAUAAUCAAAUCUACAUACAGCUACAGCUGUUCGCACUGCUCCCCUUUGCAGAAUGGUUCACAUGUUCAAAAAGUCUGUUAAUGCUUUCUCCAACUAAAAUAAUUUAUUCGUUAGCUGAAUUAAACUAGUAAACGAAAUAGAUUGUCUUAUCAGCUUUCCUCUCCCCGAAUAAAAAAUAUAGAGAAAAUCCUAUAGUUUUGUUAACAAAUGACAAGUGUCCAAUCUCCAACUACAUUUAUCUGAGAAAAUCUUACAGAAUUUAUAUGUUUUAUUUAUUGAUGUGGAAGCUUCAUUUUAAAAAUUUUACUCAUAACAGUGUUGCCAGUUUUCAGAAUAUUAUUUCUCUGUGCUAUUACGAUUUGAUCAUUUUUAUACAGUUUAAAAUUUACUCUCUAAGCUUUGUGAUCUUGCUCCGUAUUUGCCACCAUGUGGUAAAAAAUAAUAUGACUUAUGGUAAAUUGCUAAACCUGAAUCUUUUUUAAGGUGCUGUUCUAAAUGUUAAUUCUAUGAAAUAUUUUUGGUAUUUGUCUUAUUUCCUCUGAAAAUCCUUUAUUUAUCAAAAUUUAUCAAAAAUCUAAGAAAAGCAUUGGAAGUUUUUCCCCCAUUUCUAAUAGUUCAUGUUUUAUUUGAAACAAAUUUUUGUCAACCUGAUGGAGUCGGUGGAUGGUUAAGGUGCUACUUGAUUGACAAUGGCUGUGAAAUUUUUCUGAUAACUUUUGAUGAAAAUUUGUUUGAAAUGGCACCAAAUUUUAGCAUGUUCACAAAAAAUGAGCCAACCAAAAUUAUCACACGCACCAUGCAAAAACAGUUGUUCAUACAAUUUUAUAAAACUCAUGAAUUGACCUAAACUUCCAGAUCUUUCUCUCACAUAACAUGUUAUCAUUUAAAAAUGUAUCCUUAUAAAGUUUGCAAUGUAUCUGUAUUUUGCCUGAAUAUUUAAGUAAAGAUUAAAACCAUUUUUGUGAAAAGUUGAUACGAGUAAAUUGAUACGAGUAUCGGUUUAAAGAUUUGUGUGAAUGCUAUGUCUUUCUUUUUAAAUUCACAUUGGACCUCUAUAAAUAAAGCAUAACAGUUUCCUAUUUGAUUCAAUGCGAAAACAGUUGUUUUGGGCUGGGAAUUUCAAAUAAUCUUAUUGUCUGAAAUACUCUGAAUCUCACCCAAAAAAUAAAAAUAAUUUGAUUGCAGGUAUUUGUCAAGUAAUUGGAUUCCUAAAAUUUGAUUUGAUAUUUUACUUAUAAUUUGAAGACUAGUAGCCAUGAAUCAGGCAUUAGCCGUACGAUUUCUAUUUGCUUCAAAUAUAAAAAAAUAAAAAAAAACUAUGAAACAGCCAAAUUGAAAAAUUUAUUUGAUUCAGAUUAUUUACUCAAAAUUUGGAGAAAUGAAUCACGAAAAAGAUAUACUACUGCUAUUUGCUGAGGUAUAAAAACAGUCAAUUUACGGAAAUAAGGAAUUAUAACGAUCAAUAUAAGUUCAACAACAUUAACCACAACGAUUAGAUUAUUCCUUUGCCAUUCCCAGCCCUGAUUGUUCUGAAAUUAUCCUCUUUCGAAGGCUUUUAACGCUUACCAAGUAUUUUUGCUCUUAUUCGUUUUCUCACAUUCUCGUUUUUUUCCACUGUAGGUUUUAUACAAUGUUGUUGUUGCAGUCAAAUUUGUUUAUGUUCUUGUAUGAUCUGGUCUAUAUCGGUUAAAAUGAUAAUAAUGUGUAAAAAUUAUAUAAGAAUUUGCAUUUGUUAUGUCAUCAGCCUCCGUAACCCUAAUGUUCACAAGAUUUUUUUUAGGAAUUUUGAUAGUUACCAGGUGUAUAUCUACAUCAAUGUUGCAAAUUUAGUUCUCACUCCCUAUAUAAGAUUACGAGACUUUAAAAUUUCUAAAACUCAAAUUUUUGACGGUUAAAUAUUUUAUUUUCAAAAUACAAUAAUUAUUUUUACUUAUUGAGAUGAUUUUCAAUAAUGAUAAACUCGUGGUAGCAUUCCCAAUUAAAGAAACUAAUAUUUAAAUUUUCAAAUUCAAUUGAAUUUUAAACUAAUUCAAUUGAAUUUGAAAUCAUUUCCCGAUGGAUUUUUUGCAAUCAGCUUUAAUGAUAAGGCUUACUUAAUUUAUUUCGGCUUCUAAGCAUAGGAAAUUUGAUAUUUAUUUUUGAUGUGUAGCCAUUAACUAUCCAAGUGUUAUUGAUGUUCAGUCAGUCAUGAGAAAAAUUAUAAUUAAGGUAGUUUGCAUAUAUAACAGAAAUAUGUGCUGAUUAUUACGAACUGUGAGUUAUUAAAAAAAAUUGAUUAAAAAUCUCCCAUAAAGCACUGUAUAUCCUACAUAUUGGCAGUCAAUAGCAAAGAUCUUAUCAAUACAACUGUUUAUUAUUAAUAAAUGGAUUACCAAAUAACAUCGUUUCAGAAUUCCUAUUAAACUUAAUUAACACUGUAUACAUAAACUGAAUUCAUAAUAUAUACGCAUAGGCCGAUUGCAUUAAAUCCCAAUUUUAAGAUGCUUAGAGAUAACAAAAGUGAUCGAAUUUGCAACAUUGAAAGACUAACUCUGGUUGCCUAAAACAUUGCCUGUAUCCAUAUAGUUUGAUACCCACUGUUUAUUCCACUGAACGAUAAAACCCAUGUCCAUUACUUCACCCAAGUUGUAAUAAUUUGGGUAGGCUACCCCAAGCUUGAAAGAUUCCGGUCCUUUUAUAACAGCGGUUUCCAACCUGAGGCCCGUGGCCCCCAAACGUGGCCACUGAGAAGUUAGAAAGGGGCCACAAUGCUCGGCACAAAACUGAUUUUACUUUACUUGUCAAGAAAACUCACCGUUCUUCCUAGUUUCAUUGCUUGAUAAGGUUAUUUCACAGGGUGUUUUCACUUUGUUGAGCAUGAAUUGUUUUAACAUAAUGGGAUUUAGAAUCUACCAAUCAAAGCAGCACUAUAAAUACAACUGGAAUGAUAAACAAGGGGGUGAUGAAAGAUUCCACUAGGGGGCCACAAGCCAUAAAGGUUGGUAACUGCUGUUCUAAAAUGUGGUAAAUUCUUACCUAGCAGGGCCUUGUUUCGAGGAAAAUCGGUACUCCCGAAGUAUGUAAACCAAGAUGGCGGACACCGGAACUUAGUAUGUGUACCAGGUUAGGCCAUAAUUUUAUUUCAAUUUUCCUUAUUUUUAGGUCUAUUACGAGUUCGGGGACUAGCCAAGUGACUUCCCUAGUAUUUGUACCUAAAAUUAUGGCCUGACCCUAACUUGGUACACAUACUAAGUUCCCCUGUCCGCCAUCUUUGUUCACAUACUUCGGGAGCACCGGAAAAGCUUUAUUUGCAGUUUUACAAUACCAAUGAACAUUAGAUAAAUUUACCUGUCAAUAAUUAUUUAGGCCUAUACACUUUUCAGAUAUCCCUAGACAACAUAUCUUGUCAUAUUCCGAUAAAAAUAGGCAGAAUUAGAAUCGCUCAUCCAUGUCCAUAUUUACUGAGUAUGCUUAAUGCUACAGCUUUCUCGAUAUUUGUUUGUUUUUUGUCUUUGUAAACAUGUUCCUAUUUUUGUAUAUUUAUUGCCCUGUGGGAAAUAAAAAAUAAAAUAGA